AUGGAAGGCGCGCUGACGGCCCGGGACAAGGUCGGGGUGCAGGAUUUUGUGCUGUUGGAUGCGUACACCAGCGAAUCUGCCUUUGUGGACAAUCUUCGCAAGCGUUUCAGCGAGAACCUCAUAUAUACAUAUAUUGGGACUCUCCUUGUGUCUGUGAAUCCGUACCAGGAGCUUGGAAUCUACACUAUGAACCAGAUGGAACUUUACCAAGGGGUCAACUUCUUUGAACUGCCACCACAUGUCUACGCCAUAGCUGACAACGCUUACCGCAUGAUGUGCUCGGAGCUAAAUAACCACUUCAUCCUCAUCUCCGGGGAAAGUGGGGCAGGGAAAACGGAGGCCUCCAAGAAGAUUCUCCAGUAUUUUGCAGUGACCUGCCCAAUGACCAAGUCGCUACAGGUAGCCCGCGACAGACUGCUGCUCUCCAAUCCAGUGCUGGAGGCUUUUGGAAAUGCCAAAACACUUCGGAAUGACAACUCCAGCAGAUUUGGAAAAUACAUGGACAUACAGUUUGACUUUAAGGGCAUUCCUGUAGGAGGGCAUAUCAUCAGUUACUUGAUAGAAAAGUCUCGAGUCGUCUAUCAAAACCAGGGUGAGCGUAACUUCCACAUCUUCUACCAGCUGCUGGAGGGGGGUGAAGAGGAGCUCCUUGCUUACCUGGGACUUGAGCGAGACCCCCAGCUGUAUAAAUACCUCUCACAGGGUCAAUGUGCCAAAGAGACAUCCAUCAAUGACAAGAACGACUGGAAAACGGUUUCUAACGCCUUUUCUGUCAUUGAUUUUACUGAAGAGGACCUCGAGAAUCUCUUUGGAAUUAUUGCUAGUGUCCUCCACCUGGGGAACAUUUGUUUUAAAGAAGAUGACCAAGGCUGUGCCACCAUCCCAGACACCCACGAGAUCAAAUGGAUCGCAAAGCUCCUGGGGGUCCACCCAUUGGUCCUUCUGGAUGCUCUCACCCACAGAAAGAUUGAAGCCAAAACUGAGGAGGUAAUCUGCCCACUGACACUAGACCUCUCUGUCUAUGCCCGAGAUGCCAUGGCGAAGGCCGUGUAUGGACGAACAUUUACUUGGCUGGUCAACAAGAUCAAUUCCUCCUUGGUUAACAAGGAUUUCACCAGGAAAACAGUGAUUGGGUUGCUGGAUAUCUAUGGGUUUGAAGUCUUCGAUAAGAAUGGUUUUGAACAGUUCUGUAUAAAUUAUUGCAAUGAAAAACUCCAGCAACUGUUAAUAGAGAGGACCCUAAAGGCGGAACAGGCGGAAUAUGAAGUGGAAGGUAUAGAGUGGGAGCCAAUUCAAUAUUUCAACAACAAGAUCAUCUGUGACUUGGUAGAAGAGCGACACAAAGGCAUCAUUUCCAUUCUGGAUGAAGAAUGUAUUCGGCCUGGUCCUGCUACAGAUUUGAGUUUCCUGGAGAAAUUAGAAGAGAAAGUGGGCAAGCAUGCACAUUUUCAAACAUACAAGUCCUUGUGCCCGGACACCUGGCCGCACUGGCAUGGGCCUCCAGCAGAGGGCGUACAACGGCUGAUCAAGUACAUUGGCUACAAACCCGAAGAGUACAAGUUAGGGAAAACCAAAAUAUUUAUUCGUUUCCCCAGAACUCUGUUUGCUACUGAAGAUGCCUUUGAAUUUAGCAAACAUCAAUUAGUUGGGAGAAUCCAAGCCACAUACAAAGGCUGCCUGGAAAGAAGAGCAUACCUGAAAAAAAGACAAGCAGCCAUCAAACUGGAAGCCCACUGGCGUGGAGCCUUGGCUCGGAAGGAGGCCAAAAGGAGAAAGUGGGCUGUGCAGAUUAUAAGAAAGUUCAUAAAGGGAUUCAUCAAUCGCAACAAACCCCUUUCUCCUGCUAAUGAGGAGUUUGUAGUGUUUGUGCGGAAGAAUUACAUCUUGAAUCUUCGGUAUCACGUUCCAAAGAAUGUCUUGGACAAGGGCUGGCUGAGGCCCCCUGGCAUCCUGGAAAAUGCAUCGAAUCUACUCAGGAAAAUGUGCACAAGAAACCUGGUUCAGAAGUACUGCCGUGGGCUCCCAGCUGGGAGAAUAGCCCAGAUGCAGCAAAAGGUGGUUACAAGUGACAUAUUCAGGGGAAAGAAAGACGGCUAUGUGGAAAGUUUAAAUCAACCCUUUGCCAACAGCCGGCUAGAUGAAGAAGACAUUAAUCCCAAAGUACUUCAACUAAUUAGCAAUGAGAAAAUCCAGUAUGGUGUCCCGGUCAUUAAAUACGACAGGAAAGGCUUCAAGGCACGGCAGCGGCAACUCAUUCUUACUCUGAAAGCAGCUUAUGUGGUGGAACUGGCCAAAAUUAAGCAGAAAAUAGAGUACUCGGCACUCAAAGGUGUCUCUACCAGCAAUCUGAGUGAUGGGGUAUUUGUCAUUCAUAUUUCACCAGAGGACUACAGGCAAAAGGGGGAUGCCAUCUUACAGUGUGAACACAUAUUCGAAGUGGUUACUAAACUUGCCAUGCUGGUUAAGAGAGAGAACGUUGUAAAUGUUGUUCAAGGAAGUUUACAGUUUUAUAUUAGUCCUGCAAAAGCAGGUACAAUAGUUUUCAACACUGGACCAGAAGAACAAAUCUAUAAAGAUAAAAACGGACAGUUAAUAGUGGUAAGUGACUAUAUGGGGGGAGAAGGGAGGCAAUUAAUUGGUUUGAGGUAAGAAUGUGGAUUAAAAUUCUACUUAUUUCACUUUCAUAGAUUGACUGGAAUCAAAAGCUAGUUCAUUUUUCCCUCUAUUCCUGAUUCUACAUCUGAAAAACAGGAAGGAAUUGAUACUAGAGAUUUAAACGUUGAAUGAAAGGGGAGGAAAAGUAACUUUUACCUACCGUCCUUAUUUGUCAAUGAACCAGAAGUUAAAUACGUCUCAGUUUGACACGUCAAAGCCCCACCAGUGUAAAAUACAAGGCGAUUUUCCAAUUUAUAUGCAGUCUUAAAAUUGAACAUCUUUCUUGGACUCACACAGAGCCUGUCUUCCUGCCUGAUCAGUGCAGGCUGAGACACAAACAGGCCUCAGUGGGCCCAUUUCUAAAUCUCACUUGUCUCAUGGGAGGUGGCUAUGGCGUGGGUGCUGGGGUUGGCCUCCAGUGGCUUGUCCACACCCACCUUGACGAUGCUGACAGCUGGGGUACAAGUAACUGCUUCCCUCCUUCCAAGUGAGGUACCAGCCCUGAGCCUAAGCUUGGACUCUCCCCAGGUGUCAGUCCGGAUGAGUUCCUGAUAAAGGAGGACGUCUACCCUCUCCCAUCACCGUUUCUGCUACAACUGAGAAAAGUACCCAGGAAGCCGGAUUUUGAUCCAUUUACCCACACCUCCAAGGGAAGGUUCCAGCAGCUCUAGGACGAGGAUCACAUCUGAAGAAACGGAGGGUGUCAUCUUGCACUUCUCAGCCAGGAGUGGGCCCGAGCCUAACCCCAGCUUCUCCACUGCCCUGUGGCACUAUAUUAAAGUGCCAUCUUCAGGAAGCCAACCUGAGUUUUAAACCUCGCCGAGAGAAUCUACACCCAGUGGGCACUUCAACAUGUCCUUACACUGUGGGCAACAGAUUCUCUACCUUGGUCCAGCUGCCCCUGAGGCAUAAGGAAAUAUUAUGGAUGACCUGAGAGUAAGUGAAUGAAAUUUCCUAAAGCUGCAAACUUUGCAUUUUGCUUUACAUAAAUGGAGCUUAGAAAUGUCAAGGCAUUAGGUAAGUUUCUGAAGGAUUCUUUAGGUCCCAGAUGGUGAGUCCUAGCCCUCUUAGUAAAUC